GGGAAACGGGAGGAAUUGUGGGUGCCUGGCAACAGAGGGGAAGGCGGUGCCUAGCAACAAGGGGGUCAGAGGAGUGGAGAGACAAUGUGGCUGGAGGUAGGGGGCUCACUGCGAGGGACCUGUGGACACCUGGGCCGGACUAUUGGUCUGCCCUGUGGGGCCCUGGGGCCUGGGCCCCGCUGCUGGUGUUCACGUCUUUUGCAGGGGCCACGUGGGGGUUCCUGGGCCCAAAAACUUCAUCAGGAUGGGCCUGGCAGGGGUCUGGGUGAGGAGGACAUUCACAAGGCACGGGAGGCACGAAUCAGGAAGACGCCCCGGCCCCAGCUGAGUGACCGUGCUCGAGAACGCAAGGUGCCGGCUUCGCGCAUCAGCCGCUUGGCCAACUUUGGGGGACUGGCUGUGAGCUUGGGGCUGGGAGCACUGGCUGAGGUGGCCAAGAAUUCCCUGCUCGGAGGACGUCCCCAAUCAGAGGGAGGCUCCCAGCCAGGCUCCAGCCCUUUCCUGUCGGAGGCCAAUGCUGAGCGGAUCGUGCAGACCUUGUGUACAGUUCGGGGGGCCGCCCUCAAGGUUGGCCAAAUGCUCAGCAUCCAGGACAACAGCUUCAUCAGCCCCCAGCUGCAACGCAUCUUCGAGCGUGUCCGUCAGAGCGCCGACUUCAUGCCCCGCUGGCAGAUGCUGAGGGUUCUCGAAGAGGAGCUCGGCAAGGACUGGCAGGCCAAGGUGGCCUCUUUGGAGGAGGUGCCCUUUGCAGCUGCCUCAAUUGGACAGGUGCACCAGGGUGUGCUGAGGGAUGGGACAGAGGUGGCUGUGAAGAUCCAGUACCCGGGCGUUGCCCAAAGCAUCCAGAGUGACGUCCAGAACCUGCUGGCGGUGCUCAAGAUGAGUGUGGCCCUGCCGGAGGGCCUGUUUGCAGAGCAGAGCCUGCAGGCCUUGCAGCGGGAGCUGGCUUGGGAGUGUGACUACCAUCGUGAGGCGGCUUGUGCCCAGAACUUCAGGCAGCUGUUGGCAGAUGACCCCUUCUUUCGGGUUCCAGCCGUGAUCCAGGAGUUGUGCACGACGCGGGUGCUGGGCAUGGAGCUGGCCGGAGGGGUUCCUCUGGACCAGUGCCAGGGCCUGAGCCAGGACAUCCGGAACCAGAUCUGCUUCCAGCUCCUGCGGCUUUGCCUGCGGGAGCUGUUCGAGUUCCGAUUCAUGCAGACGGAUCCCAACUGGGCCAACUUCCUGUAUGACGCCUCCAGCCAUCAGGUGACCUUGCUGGACUUUGGUGCAAGCCGGGAAUUUGGGACCGAAUUCACGGACCAUUACAUUGAGGUGGUGAUGGCUGCAGCCAAUGGAGACCGAGACCGGGUCCUGCAGAAGUCGAGGGAUCUCAGAUUCCUCACUGGCUUUGAGACCAAGGCAUUCUCUGACGCCCACGUGGAAGCGGUGAUGAUCCUUGGGGAGCCCUUCGCCACCCAGGGCCCUUACGACUUUGGGGCGGGGGACACUGCCCGCCGUGUGCAGGGGCUUAUCCCUGUGCUGCUGCAGCACCGGCUUCGCCCACCCCCCGAAGAGACCUAUGCCCUGCACAGAAAGCUGGCAGGGGCCUUCCUGGCCUGCUCCCGCCUCCGUGCCCACAUUGCCUGCCGGGACCUCUUCCAGGACACCUACCACCGCUACUGGGCCAGUCGCCAGGCGUAGCCACCACCCAAAGCCUCUUGACCAGAGGGGAUGUCUGCUCAGACCCCUCAGAGAGCUCCAUCUCUCUCAGGGACUCCAGCCCCACGGCAGGCCAUCCUCUGCUAUGAGGCCUCCUUCCCACGCUGCUCCAGCUCUGGGGACCCCGCCCUUGGGCUUCCCAGUCUUGCCUAGCUCCCUGGCUCACCCAGGGCUGGGGAACCCCGGGACUAGGGAACUCCCAGCUUCAUGGCACCAUAUCCUGCUCUCCCCACUGCGAAGGGGGCAUGUGGGCACUCUAUCCGGAUAUGAAUUUGUUUCUGCCAACAUUUGAGAGAGCCUUAGGCCCCUGUGCACUGCCAUCGCGGAGAACCAGACACAUCCUGAGAGGGAGCCCCUCACCUCGGCUUCAGGUCUCCCACAGAUGUGGCCAGUGAAAGAGGAGAGGCAGUGGGUGGUGGGGGCAGCCUUCACCUUUGCCUCCCUCACUCCCGCACCAGCUGCCUUCUCCCCACUUCCAUCCUCUCUGUGCGGUGGGGAGGGCAUGGGGGGGUGAUUAAACUUUUAGUCCUAAUAAAAGUGACCCUCCCCUUC